CAUGGGUUACUUUUAAUUAAAAUUUGACUCAAAAAAUAUAAAAUGUCGAAUCCUGGUCUGAGGGGGUUUGACAAGUUACGCUACAAUCUUAUCCAUGUUGAUAUGAUCGUUGGUUUCGGAGCAUUUUCUUGUUUAUUGCUUGACCCUCUGAAGAAUGAAUAUCUGUACAUGCGUGUUGCUGAGUUACACAACACAACGAAGAAAAUUUUGUCAGAUUGCACGGAAAAUAACGCAACGAACAUUGACCAGAUUGUUGCUGAUGAAGUAUCACAGUGGACCUUGUACUUGAAUCUUUCCAUGUUCCUACCAGCUUGUGUGGCAUCUAUUCUAAUCACAUCUUGGAGCGACAAAGUUGGCCGUAAAGUAACCAUGUCCAUAUCCUUAUCGGGCAUGCUGCUACACAGCAUAUUACUUGCUAUCAUUGUAAAACUACAUUUGCCAAUACCGUGGCUUUUGGUCAGCAACUUUGCGGCUGGGCUUGGUGGUUACUACAUGGCUCUGCUAAUGCAAGGCACCGCUUAUCUAAGUGAUAUAACAUUGGAAGAAAAACGAGGCUUUCGAUUUGCGAUUCUGGAAGCUUCGAUGGGUGUAGGGGGUGGGGUGGCGGGUAUAUGUAGUGGGUACUGGAUCGAAGCCCAAGGAUUCUUUAACCCCGUCCUUUCAACGAUGAUAAUCAAUAUCUCCUCGCUCCUGCUCGUUCCUCUUCUCCUCAAUCCUCAGAAGAUAAAGAAAGAGAAUAAACUGAAAGAGGAAAAAGAGAGUGUUGGCAUAGAACCGAUCAACCGUGAAGGGUCUGGCGCCGAAAUUACUGAUGCGCGAAGAGCGAGUGUCGACAGUGCCUUCUCUGAUGUCACAAUUGCAUCUAAGAAUUUUGGAUCUUUUGUUGAAAAUGCAGAUUUGAAUGAAAAUCCAGAAAUAAAACCCCAAAAUAGUAAGAAGUACAAUGUGUUUGAAUUACUGAGGAGAGUUUGGCAUGUAUAUAGCAGUGAAUUCAGUGAAUGUGAUGUCUGUAACCUUACUAAUGGAGAUGUCACCAUCAUGUGCAGAAUAAGCAAAUGCGAGCACGGUGGGGGCUGGUAUGUCGGUCGUAUAUGGAGGUUAUGGUUUUAUAUUUUGUCGUAUGAUCUUAUGAUGUACGUUACAGUUGGUUGCAUGGUUUUCCAAACAAUAUAUUUCCUUUCAAAACCCCUGUGUUUUACGCCUGUGCUCGUGGGGGCUCAACUGGCAGUGAAAUUUUCUGUGCUGGCCCUCUCCCCUGUACUAAUAGUGGUCAUGCAAAAAAUUUUAAAAAUGUCGGCGCAUUUCAUUAUUCUCGUCGGACUUCUUGCGUUGUCAGGUUUCUGUUUUGUGAUGUCAUUCGCUCAUGUACUUCAUGACCCUUUGGUUUUCAUUGCAACUUCAUUAACUUUAUUCUGCAAUCCUGCCAAACCUUUCAUUCAAGCCAAGAUUUCUUCACUUGCAUCAAAGUAUGAACAAGGUGCUGUAUUUGCUGUAGUUUCCUGUACUGAGAUACUUAUGUUUCUGGUGGCUACAUUAUCUUUCUUAACGUUAUAUCCUGCUACACUUUCAAUAUAUCAUGGAUUCAUGUGGUUGUACGGCGCUGGUGUGGCUCUUAUACCAUGUGUGCUCAUACUAGUUGUAUCUAUCGCUGACAAGCGCCGGGAUAGACUGACAGUUGAAAUUGGUGAAACAAAGCCAUUAUUAUCAUGAUUGGUUUCUUCAUAUCAUCUAAUAUUAUGCACUUUGCUUUUCAAAAUUUACAAAAUACCUCACUAAGGAAGUUAUUCUAUAGUUGAUGUGUUUUGGUGCCUUUCCUUCAAGAUAAUUAUUAUAUGCAAAUAAUUCAUUAGAGCUUGAUUAAUCUAAACUAGUGCCAUGAAUUAUGAACAUUUGUUUUUUUCAAUAACGUACUUUUACAGAUUGUAUCUGGAAAAUUAGAUACUGCACUUGGUUUAUUAUUCUUUAUAAAUUUUUCCGAAAUUAUAUUUAUUUUAUAAAAAAAUCCUGAAAUUAUUUUUUUGAUAUAAACAGAUUUGUUAGGAUUUAUUGUGUAGUAAACAGUGUUUCUUUUUUGUUUUCUUUUACUUUUGUUAGCACUUGUAUAUAACUGAUUUAUGGGAAAUGAAGUUUUCAUUUAAGCAAUCUUUCGUGCAAUUCUUUUAAUUAAUUUGUUGCUUUUAAUUGACCUUAUUUGACCAUGAAUUACUCAUUUAUGUGCUUGUAUUGUGGUGGUUUAUAAGUUUCAUGUGGCCUCAGCUAAUAAAGAAAUAUAAUCGUUGUUGUUGGAUAAAUUAUUAAACUUCUUGUAUUUUUAAUGUCAAAACAAAGACGAAAAAAGCUGUAAAAUAUCUUGUUUCGUUUUUGAUAAAAGACGUUCUCACGUAAAUAAAGCGAAAUACUAUACUUCA